AUGAUGUUCGAAGCGUCUUUGACACGAAGCCACCCCUGGUUGGCGUCCAUCCUGCUACCACUCGCAAUCAUCUGCUAUGUACUCCCCAAGAUCAAGGCGUUUCGUCGCUUUCUUGUCUGGCUGAUCAAGAACAGCGGCGUUAGGUUCACAAGAACGAGUACUACAACUGUUCUGGUUCACCCACGAAAUGUGAAAGGGGAAAGUCGUUAUGCCCUGACAGCCAUGGACUGUCUCCAAGCCUCCAUCCCUCCAAUUGCCUUUGGCCUCUUUUAUGACCAACCAAUAGAUGAUUAUCGGUUUCAAAUUGCGUUGGAACAGACUCUCGAUCAUUUUCCCUUGUUGGCUGGUCGAUUGAUACGAAACUCAGAAAACCUUGACCAAGCACCAAUGGUCGUGAGGGUAAAUCCGUCGGAAGGGGGAGCUCAUCUGGCAAUUUCUCACACAACUCGACCCUACAGCCGCAAAGAUGAUCCGCGUUGGUUCCCGUCGUCAACUGGGGCCCCGUUUCCAGCACCUCAUGAACCCUUUCUGGACUAUGGACCCCUGUUGAAAAUCAAGGUUACCCACGUCGAAAGCAACCACUCCGCUGUGGUUUCCUUUGGGUUCUGUCACGCGGUCAUGGAUGCCACCACGGUUGGCUCCUUUCUGGAGACACUGACGGCCCACUACAAACAAUUCGGCGUGAACGAUCCUGCCAAAGCAUUGGCUCAUCAGAUGGUGCCCAGCAUGAAGCUUGACCGCGUGCUUCCGCCACAAGAGGAGAAUGCGGAGCCACUGGAGCGCUUCACAACGAGCAAACUGAUCUGGUCCCUGCCCAAGCUCGUCAUUGCCUCCACGUUGACCAAAACCAUCAAUCUGACAGUGGAGAAAUCCGAAUUGCAGCGCCUCAAGGGGGAAUUUAUGCAAGCUGCUAGUGGUAGCGACCUCCCAUGGGUAUCGACCUACGAAAUGUUGGGCGUCUUGCUGCUACGAGCGUUUACUAGGGUAUCCAAAAAGUUGGAUGGGACACACCACUACAAGAACAUUGAAUGCCGCUGCGUCGUCGAUCCUCGCACUCGCCAGGCCAAUCCGCAUGCUACCUUUACCCACCCGGGGAACGUUAGCGAAAUGCCGAGUAUCCAACUACCCUUGGAGCACCUACUCCAUCCAGAGUGGCAAUCUCGUGGUCUGCAAGAGUUUCAUUCCCAGCUGCGAGCCUCGUUGGUGGACUCCUCCAAGAUGACGGAGAUUUAUCGUCGUGCCAAUGCCAGUUUACGGAACGGUGAUCUUCAUACGACGGGAGGAAGGACCAUGAGCUCCUUGUUGUUUGCUCGAAACAUUCUCGAAACCAAUGUGACGUCCUACAAUUCUUGGUUGCACAUGGAUUGGUUGGGCUCCAUGACGACGUUUGGGGACGCUGCUCCCCAUCAUUUCCAAGUCACUCCCGGCAUGUGUUGUGUGGACAUGUUUUGGGUGUUUCCUCGUACCCCCACACAGGUGACAAUUCGCACCACGUUGCCCCGAGGCAAGGGCAGACUGUUCCUCCAAGAGCUUACCCGCAUGAACAUUGCCUAUCAAGUCCAGUAG